GAAGUAGAAUGACAUAAGGCACAGGCGAUUGGCUAGAUCGGUUCAACAAACAUUUACCGGGUGCAGGUUCUGAGUAAGGUGCUGUGGGGGCUGCCAGGAUAAGCCAGCUGCCUUUUGGGAGUUCCAGGUCUUACAAAAAUAAUACUUUACAAAGUAUUACUUCCAUAAAGGCGGCAACAGAAACACAGCACUAGAGAGUGAGAAUUUCAAUGACUCAAAGUCAGGGAUGGCUUUGGGGCAGGGAGCAUUAGAGGUGAAUUUUCAGGAUGGGUGUGUAUUUGAAGGUUGGCUUUAUUGGUUAGGAAGGAAUCUUCAAAGGGUAGGGAACCUCUUGGGAAAAAGAGCAGAGGUGGGAGGGUCCCAGAUGCAUUUAGAGGAUGGCGAAUCUAUGCGGCUGCAGGAAUAGUUUGGCCUGUGGGGAAUUAGCCUGGAAACAUAUGUCUGAGUUGAUUUAUAAGGGGCCUUGAAUGUCAGGAAGAGAGAUACAGAGAUCUCCCUGUAUAGAGUGGUAUCUAUUUGCAAAAGAUCAACUGCAGAAGAUUGUUGUGUGCAGAAAGGUAACAUGAUGUUUUAAGCCAGGGCUAGAACAGUUGAAACAUAUAAGAGUAGAUACCAAAAUAUCUUCUUGUUCAGCUGAGAAGAGAGAUUUUAAUUAUAUAAUUAAAUUCAUUAAUGGGGGAAGGGGACUCUUACUUCCCAAGGCCAGCCAUGACCCUCUUUUAAUUUUAUAAACAGACAGAGAAGCAAAACACAAAAAAACAAGUGUCCAGACUUCCAUCUCUGGGAAAACUGAAGUAAAUACUGACACAGGCUUGCUUUGUUUUCCCAAGAGAGCUCUCCCAGGCGAUUUCUCUAAUUAUCCAAGAAAAAAAAAAUUUUUUUUAAGCUUGUUUUUUCCCUUUAGGGUACAGCUGAGCUGAAGGGAAAACUGAAGUCUUGCCUUAGGUUCUCCAGCUUUGGUUCGGUUGCAGUAUUAGUCUCCGAGGGACUCUCUCCGAGGUCUCUAAGCCAGGUGUCUCUAGGCAUUUGCUCACAGCAACAAGAGGGGAGCUUAGAAGAAAUAGCAGAUCCUGGCGUUCUACAAAAGGGCUGAUUAAAAAAAAAAAAGGCGGCUUGGGUGGGGCUCUAUCUUUUUAGGAUAUACAUAGGAAAAGUAAUUGAGGUGGAAGCCGUGCCCUCGCCUCUGGUCAGGACCUCUGGACCUGAAAGCGUCAGAGCCACACACCCACAGGUGGACAGCGGGUCCCUACUCUCCCGCCGGCAGCGCUCGGCCUUUAAUUCCGCCAGGCUCCCAGAGGGACUGUUUCAGCUACAGUCUAGCGCGCUCUGCAGCCAAUAAGAAACCAGGACUCUCCGCCCAUCUCGGGUUUUCACCAAUCGGCGUCCAGCACUUUGGCCUGCUAGCGGCGCCUCGGUUGUCCGAGAAGGGAGGCAAGCCCCCUUAGAGUUGCCAGCACCGGACAUGGCCGCGGCCCCUGGAGGAGGGGAAGCGAAGUGAGGAGGGGGCAGGGAGGGAAGAGGACGCGGGCGAGGAGGACAGCCCCCCGGGCCCCGGAUCCUUUUGAGAAAGAGAUUUGUGACAGGAAUAUUCCUUCAUAGAAAGGCGAACAGAAAAAUACUGGGAAAUACUUGGAAAGGAUAUACACUAGAGAGAAUGUCAAAGAUGCUGUGACAGUGACAGAGUCAUUGGUCCUUGUACAUGCCGGGGAGGAGCCUUCCUUUUGGGGGUGACCGCAUUCAUCUGGGCAUGCCUGCAGUACUCUGGGCCCAUGGAUGUGAAGGAGAAGCGCACGGGCGAGCCACCCUUGGCCCUGGGCCUGUCUACCUGGAAGGCCCUCAGCAUCCUGAAGGAGCAGCUGGAGGCGGUGCUGGAGGGACACCUGAAGGAGCGGAAGAAAUGUCUCACAUGGAAGGAGCUGUGGAGAAGCAGCUUCCUGCACCACAGUAACCGCUGCUCCUGCUUCCACUGGCCUGGAGCCUCACUCAUGCUGCUGGCUGUGCUGCUGCUGCUCGGCUGUCAUGGGAGCCAGCCAGCGGGCAGCCGUGGGGUGGAGCUGGUGAAUGCCUCAGCACUGUUCCUCUUGCUGCUUCUCAACCUCCUCCUCAUUGGGCGGCAAGAUCGGCUGAAGCGUAAGGAGGUAGAGCGGAGGCUCCGAGGGAUCAUUGACCAAAUCCAAGAUGCACUCAGGGAUGGCAAGGAGAUCAAGUGGCCCGAUGCCAUGUACCCAGACCUCCACAUGCCCUUUGCACCAUCCUGGUCUCUGCACUGGGCCUACAGAGAUGGACAUCUGGUCAACCUGCCAGUUAGCCUGUUAGUAGAAGGAGACAUCAUAGCCCUGAGGCCUGGCCAGGAAUCAUUUGCCUCUCUGAGGGGGAUCAAGGAUGAUGAACACAUCGUCUUAGAGCCGGGAGACCUGUUUCCUCCUUUUUCUCCACCUCCUUCCCCCCGGGGAGAAGUAAAGAAAGGGCCGCAGAACCCCCAGCAGCACCGGUUGUUCCGCGUCCUCGAGACCCCAGUGAUUGACAAUAUCAGAUGGUGCCUGGACAUGGCCCUGUCCCGCCCAGUCACUGCCCUGGACAACGAGAGGUUCACGGUGCAGUCGGUGAUGUUGCACUACGCCGUGCCUGUGGUCCUGGUGCGUGAGGCGGGCCUCGCGGGCAGGGGAGAGGGCCAGGAAAUGGGGGAGCCUCAGGGCCAGAUUCAGGCUGGCUUCCUUAUCACCAAUGCCCUGCGCUUCAUGCUGAAUGCCCCUGGCAUCACAUCCUGGCAGUACACCCUCCUCCAGCUACAGGUGAAUGGCGUCCUGCCCAUCCUUCCCCUGCUCUUUCCAGUCCUCUGGGUUCUGGCAACCGCCUGUGGAGAAGCUCGAGUCCUGGCCCAGAUGAGCAAGGCCUCUCCCAGCUCCCUGCUGGCCAAGUUCUCAGAGGAUACUCUCAGCAGCUAUACAGAAGCCGUCUCCUCUCAGGAAAUGCUACGAUGCAUUUGGGGCCACUUCCUGCGGGUGAUCCAAGGGACAUCACCGACUCUGAGCCAUAGCUCCAGCCUGCUGCACAGCUUGGGCUCCGUCACGGUCCUGUGCUGUGUGGACAAACAGGGGAUCCUGUCAUGGCCCAACCCCAGCCCAGAGACUGUGCUGUUCUUUAGUGGGAAAGUGGAGCCCCCACACAGCAGCCAUGAGGACCUAACAGAUGACCUGUCCACCCGCUCCUUCUGCCAUCCCGAGGUAGAGGAGGAGCCCCACGAACGAGAUGCCCUCCUGGCCGGUUCCCUGAACACUACCCUGCACCUUUCCAAUGAGCAGGAACGUGGCGACUGGCCUGGUGAUGGUCCCAAGCCCCCUGAAUUCUACUCUCACCACAAAGCACACGGCCGCAACAAACACCCAUCUGGCUCCAACGUGAGCUUCAGCAGGGACACAGAGGGCGGUGAAGAAGAGCCUGGCAAGCCCGGGCUGGAGGGCGAGCCCUAUGAAGCAGAAGACUUUGUGUGUGACUACCACUUGGAGAUGCUGAGCCUGUCACAGGACCAGCAGAACCCCUCCUGCAUCCAGUUCGAUGACUCCAACUGGCAGCUCCACCUCACCUCCCUGAAGCCCCUGGGUCUCAACGUGCUACUGAAUCUGUGUAACGCCAGCGUCACUGAGCGUCUGUGCCGGUUCUCGGACCAUCUGUGCAACAUCGCCCUACAGGAGAGCCACAGCGCCGUCCUGCCCGUGCAUGUGCCCUGGGGCCUCUGCGAGCUCGCCCGACUCAUAGGCUUCACCCCCGGGGCCAAGGAGCUCUUCAAGCAGGAGAAUCACCUUGCACUCUACCGCCUCCCCAGUGCUGAGAUGGUGAAGGAGACCUCACUGGGGAGGCUCUCCUGUGUCACCAAGCGGCGUCCCCCCCUCAGCCAUAUGAUUAGUCUCUUCAUCAAGGACACCACCACGAGCACAGAACAGAUGCUGUCUCAUGGCACAGCCGACGUGGUCUUAGAGGCCUGUACAGACUUCUGGGAUGGGGCGGACAUCUAUCCGCUUUCCGGUUCUGACAGAAAGAAAGUGCUGGAUUUUUAUCAGCGAGCCUGCCUGUCUGGUUACUGCUCUGCCUUCGCCUAUAAGCCCAUGAGCUGUGCCCUGUCCUCUCAGCUCAAUGGCAAGUGCAUCGAGCUGGUGCAGGCGCCUGGCCAGAGCAGCAUCUUCACCAUGUGUGAGCUGCCCAGCACCAUCCCCCUCAAGCUGAGCACGCGCCGCAACAGCUGGAGCUCUGACGAAGGGAUCGGGGAGGUGCUGGAGAAGGAAGACUGCAUGCAGGCCCUGAGUGGCCAGAUCUUCAUGGGCAUGGUGUCCUCUCAGUACCAGGCCCGGCUGGACAUUGUGCGCCUCAUCGACGGGCUGGUCAAUGCCUGCAUCCGCUUUGUCUACUUCUCUUUGGAGGACGAGCUCAAAAGCAAGGUGUUUGCAGAAAAGAUGGGCCUGGAGACAGGCUGGAACUGUCACAUCUCCCUCACGCCCAAUGGUGACAUGCCUGGCUCUGAGAUCCCCCCUUCCAGCCCUAGCCAUGCCGGCUCCUUGCAUGAUGACCUGAAUCAGGUGUCCCGAGAUGAUGCGGAAGGACUCCUCUUAAUGGAGGAGGAGGGUCACUCAGACCUCAUUAGCUUCCAGCCUACGGACAGCGACCUCCCCAGCUUCCUGGAGGACUGCAACCGGGCCAAGCUGCCGCGUGGCAUCCACCAGGUGCGCCCCCACCUACAGAACAUUGACAACGUGCCCCUGCUAGUACCCCUGUUCACCGACUGUACCCCUGAGACCAUGUGUGAGAUGAUCAAGAUCAUGCAGGAAUAUGGGGAGGUGACCUGCUGCCUGGGCAGCUCUGCCAACCUGAGGAACAGUUGCCUUUUCCUCCAGAGUGACAUCAGCAUUGCCCUGGAUCCUCUGUACCCAUCCCGCUGCUCCUGGGAGACCUUUGGCUACGCCACCAGCACCAGCAUGGCCCAGGCCUCGGAUGGCCUUUCUCCCCUCCAGCUCUCAGGGCAGCUCAACAGCCUGCCCUGCUCCCUGACCUUUCGCCAGGAGGAGACCAUAAGCAUCAUCCGGCUCAUUGAGCAGGCUCGGCACGCCACCUACGGCAUUCGCAAGUGCUUCCUCUUCCUGCUGCAGUGCCAGCUGACUCUCGUGGUCAUCCAGUUCCUCUCUUGCCUGGUUCAGCUGCCACCACUGCUGAGCACCACCGACAUCCUGUGGCUGUCCUGCUUUUGCUACCCUCUGCUCAGCAUCUCUCUGUUGGGGAAGCCGCCCCACAGUUCCAUCAUGUCUAUGGCCACAGGAAAGAACCUUCAGUCCAUUCCUAAGAAGACCCAGCACUACUUCCUCCUUUGCUUCUUGCUCAAAUUCAGCCUCACCAUCAGCUCGUGCCUCAUCUGCUUUGGCUUCACGCUGCAGAGCUUCUGUGACAGCUCCCGAGCCCGCAACCUCACCAACUGCUCCUCCAUCAUGCUGCCCAGCCAUGCUGACACAGCUCCGGCCUGGUUUGAUGAUUUUGCCAAUGGGCUGCUGACGGCUCAGAAGCUCACGGCCGCCCUGAUCGUCCUGCACACAGUCUUCAUUUCUAUCACCCAUGUGCAUCGCACCAAGCCCCUGUGGAGAAAGAGCCCCUUGACAAACCUCUGGUGGGCCGUGACGGUGCCUGUGGUCCUCCUGGGGCAGGUGGUCCAGACAGCAGUGGACUUGCAGCUGUGGACGCACAGGGACAGCCAAGUCCACUUUGGCCUGGAGGACGUGCCUCUGCUGACAUGGCUCCUGGGCUGCCUCUCCUUGGUCCUUGUGGUGGUCACUAAUGAGAUCGUGAAGCUGCAUGAGAUUCGGGUCCGGGUUCGCUACCAGAAGCGGCAGAAACUGCAGUUUGAAACUAAGCUGGGCAUGAACUCCCCCUUCUGAGCCACUGGCCACUGUGGUCAUAUUUGCCCUGGCCCCAGGGCCACAGGCAGACCAGUUUCUGAGUCUGGGGAGUUGGUAUCAUGAAUAUUUCUGGGUGUCCUCUUACGCCCCAUGGCAUUGGAGGCCGGGCUCCACGUCAGACCCAGCUGUUGUCCUUACCGCCAGGGCUUUCCCAUGGAGGAGUUGGUGAGCCAUGGCCUCAGCAUCAGGACAGUGUGGUCUUGAAUGUAUGACCCAAUGCACUUAGUAUAGGGGACCUUAGCCUCCUCCACCUGCAGGCUGUCCUCCUUUAGGGUCUCUUAACCCAGGGCCCUCUGUUGUAGGGUCUCCAAGCAGAGCCAAGAACCAUGGGGCCCGGGCCUCAGUGGCAGCCACCGUGGUGGGUCCAGACAGACCACUGUUGACGACAGCAGUGGUAGUGCACCCUCCCUGCGCCCCACCUGUCCUCCUGGGAGAGGGGCCUGGAGGUGGUCAAGUACUUCCCUCCCUUCCUCUGUGGGGGAGCCUCACGCUCAGAUCUGAAGAUGAAGAAGCCCCCUGCCUUGCCCUGGAACCUCGUCCUGUGCCUGCCUCCACGCUGGCCUUGAGCGUCAGUCUUGGGGCUAUGGCCCAGGGCUCCUUUUGGCCCCUCACCCUAUUUUUCCUGUGAGAAUGUUUUUACUGGUGUAUAUUUUUUACUGGAAAUGAGCCUUUUAGGAAUGAAUGUAGACUGGUUUGUAUUAAAACUUGUAAAUUGCUUAAGAAAAA